AUGAGGUAUGAUGGGACUCAAGAUUCUCAGGAACAUCUAACGGCCUUUGAAGCCAGGAUGAACCUGGAAGGGGUAGGCGAUGAAGUAAGGUGUCGCGCUUUUCCCGUAACUUUGGCAGGACCGGCGAUUCGUUGGUUCAAUGCCCUCCCUCAGGGCUCCAUAACCACCUUUUCCGACAUCAGUCAUGCCAUCUUGGCUCAGUUCACCACGCGCAUCUCUAAAAUGAAACACCUGAUCAAUCUGCUAGGAGUAACACAAAGAACUGGCGAGCUGACUCGGAAGUACCUGGACAGAUUCAACGAUGAGUGUUUGAAAAUUGAUGGCCUAACCGAUUCGGUGGCCAGCCUGUGUUUGACCAACGAAUUAUUGAACGAGGAUUUCAGGAAACAUCUUACCACCAAGCCCGUUUGGACAAUGCAGGAGAUUCAGAACGUAGGCAGGGAGUACAUCAAUGACAAAGAAGUAAGCCAAGUCGUGGCGGCCAAUAAACCGCAGCCCGCCUACUCCAAUGCUCGCCCGUCAGGCUACGGGAAAAGGUCAAAAGAGCACUCCAAGGACGGAGGAUCAGCUAAAACCUUCAAGUCAUUUCUCCGGAUCGCCGACAAGGGCAUCUUGUCGAAGCCCCGACAACUCAAGGACAGGACGGGAAGAAACAAAAACCUCUAUUACGAUUACCACAAGGGCUAUGACCAUAAGACCCAAGACUGCUUCGACCUCAAAGUCGCCCUAGAGCAAGCCAUCCGGGAAGGAAAGUUGGCUGAUUUCUCCCACCUCAUAAGGGAACCAAGAAGGCGGGAUCAUGACCGAUCAAACGAGGACAAAAGCCGCGUCGUAAGACAAAGACGGGAGCCCAAGGAGGAUAAUGAGCAUGGUCUCACUGUAGUGAAUGUGGUGAUUGGAAGAGAUGUCCUCCCCAGAUCGAAAUCGGCUAACAAGAAGGACGCCAAGGUCUUAGCUAUAUCCUCUGGCUCCACGCCGCCCUCCCGAAGGGUACCCUCGAUAUCAUUCGGCCCCGAAGAUCAAUGGUUUGACGAGGUCCCAGAGAACCCCCCGAUGGUGAUCACGGCUAGGGUGGGCACUGGCCUAGUAAAACGGAUCCUGGUGGACAUAGAAGCUGAUUCCAACAUCAUGUUUCGCAAUGUAUUUGAUGCUCAGGGCCUACGAGACACCGACUUGAGGGGCCACCAACAUGGUGUGGUAGGCCUAGGCGAUAACUUCAUCAAGCCCGAUGGAGUGGUUUCCCUCCCGGUCUCAUUGGCAGAGGUCGGGGGAAGAGGUCGCUGA